CGAGCGGCCCGAGGGUCCCGGUGCCGGGGGGAAGGAGGAGGAGGAGAAGGAGGAAGAGCGGGCGGACAUUUCGUGGCGGCUCCGCCCGGCGGGGCGGGACGGACCGGGGCGGCCAUGGCGGAGCGGGGCCGAGGGCAGAGUCCGAGCACCAUGGAGGACCUGCUGGACGUGGAGAACAAGCGGAUGGCCGACAGCCUGGCCAGCAAGGUCACCAGGCUGAAGUCGCUGGCUCUGGAUAUUGACAAGGAUGCUGAGGAACAGAACCGCUACCUGGAUGGCAUGGACUCGGAUUUCCUGAGUGUGACAGGGCUGCUGACGGGCAGCGUGAAGCGCUUCUCCGGCAUGGCGCGCUCCGGCCGCGACAACCGCCGGCUGCUCCUGGCCGUGUCCGUGGCGCUCAUCCUCAUCUUCUUCAUCCUCUACUACCUGGUGUCCCGGGCGGGGACCUGAGCCCAGCCUGGGGCAUGUGACAGGCCAGACCCCACCGUCCACAGACCUGCCCACACAUUUUCCAGAGGAGCCUUCUGCCACACCUCCACCUUCCCAGUGAUUUUCCUCCCUCCAGCUCCUCGUCGUCGCUCCGGCUGGGCCCAGACAGCUCUUCCAAAACAAGUUUGGCUCCAAAGGGAUCUUCUUGUCUAAUGGGAUUUUGGGGUCAUGGCUCUGGCCGUGACCUCCUGCCUUGUCCACAUCCUGUGGGCUGUUUCUAAGGGCCACUUCCACAUCGCCUCCCUCAAUGAAAACCAGGAACUAACAAAUCCAGGGACUUGUGGGUACUCCACAGCCCAGCUGAGCUCUGCGAGCUGUAGGAUUUAGGAUGCUGACUUAACGGGAUUUGGGGGUUCCAAUGUGUGACUGACAUUCCAUGUGGCCACUCUCCAUUUCCCUGGGCUGAAAGGAAACCUGUGCUGUGCUGCCUUCGGGUGGAAUUAGCAAUGGAUCUGGGCCUGGAUACUCUCAGAUUGUGGCAGGGAAGAGGCGCAGGGGAGCAGGACUUUCAUUAAAUCCUGGCUUGGUUGUCUUCAUCAUGCUGGACCCUGUGGGAAGGGAGUGCCACAGUCCAUAACCACAUGGAUUUGCACUUGGGUGGAACCUUCCAGAACCUUCCCACACAUGUGCAAAUUGAGUGACUAAAUCAGGGUAAAGAAAUCCAGUGGCAGAAUUGUUAAUUGUGGUUACUGUGCCGCCCUGGUUUUAGAGCCCUUUGUGGAGACGUAGUGCCAACAAUAAAGCAGAGGUUGAGGUGAGGUGGAA